AUGAAUAAAAAAGCUUGUAUUUUAACUUAUAUAACAUUAAUUUCAAUUGGCCUCGCCAGUUUUGCUUAUGGCUAUGCCUAUGAUGGAAAAUUCGAUAGACGUUGGGUCACAGUUUAUGGUUUCCCAUUAGAGAUUGGUCCAUCAGUUGUUAAUGAAUUUUCAAAAUAUGGCAAAAUACUAAAAGUUGAAUACCCACGCCAAUCAGCAGCCAAUUGGAUUUUAUUAAAAUUUGAAUCCAAAGAAAUUGCAUCAUAUCUUAUAAAAAAUGGAGGUACAAUUUUCGAAAACUAUAGGAUUGGCGCUAUUCCAUUUAAAUAUUGA